AUGGCAGUUUCUAGGAUCACUAUGUGGAGGUUGAUGUCUGCGAUCUUUGGAAUAAAAUGUCUUUUGCUGACGGUUACUUUGGGGAUUUUAAUGAAAAACUCAUUUACUAUGCAGAGUAUUCAACCAACACUUUCUCCAACUUCCACUGUAGAAUUCCAGGAAGUUUCUGAAUGCUGUGCUUGCCUAGAAAAGUGGAUUGGAUAUCAAUGCAACUGUUACUUCAUUUCCAAAGAAGAAAAAUCUUGGGAAGAAAGCAGAGAUUUCUGUGCCUCUCAGAAUUCCAGUCUUCUUCAGCUCAAAACCAGAAAUGAAAUGAGUUUUAUGAAUGCCAGUCAAAACUUUUUCUGGAUUGGAAUGCGUUAUAGUGAAGAAUUGAAUGCCUGGCUAUGGGAGGAUGGCUCAUUCCCCUUAAAAGAUCUAUUGCCAGUGUUCUCAAAUACCAAGCCAAGGGGAUGUCCUGUUUUUAGUCCAAGCAAAGCUGUAUCCAUUGACUCCUGUGAAAGUAAAAAUGGUUUUAUCUGUAAGCAAUCGCUUAUUUAAAUAUUUAAGGCAAAGAGUAUAGACAAGAAAG